GAAUUACUAUAAUGUCUUUUUUUGACUUCAGAUCACGGAACAACAAUCCAGUACAAGACGAUGCGGAUGAGCAAGUUGCAAGUUUCAUACAGACUUUCCUAAACGCAGAGGAACCAAUGACUCGUGAUGAGAUUUUACGUGAGCGAGAAUUACAUCUCAAUGAAAAUAGUCGCUUCAGUUUCUUUAAAAACUUUAUAGAUAUCAUUGGUUUUGGCUUAUUUCCGGUAUUGCUAGCUAGGAUAAUCAAAAAUUUGUUAUCAGCUGUUACAUUUUCAUCAGAUAUCAUUCAAGAUAUAUUUGAGUAUUACUAUUCAACCUCUUAUGCUAAAGAUAAUUUAAUUUUGAAAUUUAGCCAAAUAAUCAUGUAUGAAUUGGGUAAAGAUGAAAUAUCAAGAUAUGUUAAAUUGAUCACUAUAUUUGUUUACGUUGGAUAUUCAGUUUUGGUUUCAAGUUAUAUGAUUUUCACAUUUGUGUUUUACUUCUUAUGUUUGGUUCUGACAACCACUAGAAGAUGGAGUGAAAUUGACAAGUUUUUAAUAACUGUUUUCAGAAAUUCAAGUGGUGUCUUCUAA